UAUAUAUCUCCGCAAGACUUCUCCAUAUCAUAACCUUCUCUGGUCAUACCCUCCCAUCCUUCAAUGCUCCUUGUUCCCUACUGAAAUCAGCAAUUGGGCAAAUACUCUCUUCCUUGUUAGUACUGCAUUAUUAUGGGGGAGAGCCCAAAGUUUGCACAAAUGAUCUGGCAAAGAUUGGCGACGAGCAGGCUACCGCGCCAUCGUUGCGUCUCUGACUUUACGGGCUUGGAGAAGAGCGCGACGCAAGAGGGGCAGAACGAGACCGUCAAGUACAGGGUGUUUGCCGGUACAUGGAACCUCGGCGGCGUAGCACCACCGGAUGAUCUGGACCUGGAGGAUUGGCUGGACACGAAGGCUAACUUCUACGACAUCUAUGUUCUAGGGUUCCAAGAGAUCGUGCCACUGAAUGCGAGGAACAUGCUUGGCCCCAAGAACAGAUCGGCAGCCAUGAAGUGGAAUUCACUCAUCGGAGAUGCACUGAACAACAGGAGGAGAAGACAAGGGAGAGAAGAAGCCAUGUCAAGAUGCAGGAAAGGGGCAACAGCAUUGCAUCAAGAACAGGACGUAUUCAGGUGCGCCAUGAGCAAGCAGAUGGUGGGCAUCUUCGUCUCGGUCUGGGUGAGGAGCCGCCUCCGCCAGCACGUCCGCCACCCCGGCGUCAACCACGUCGGCGCCGGCGUCCUCGGCCGUCUUGGCAACAAGGGCGCGGUGUCCGUUCGGUUCUUGUUGCACGGCACGAGCUUCUGCUUCGUGUGCUGUCACCUGGCCUCUGGCGGCGAGGAGGGCGACGCGCUGCUCCGGAACGACGACGCGGCGAGCAUCCUCUCGAGGACGAGCUUCCAAGGCAGCGGCGGUGCGCCGGCACCGCAGGAGCUGCCCAAGAACAUCCUUGAUCAUGACCGCGUGAUAUUGCUCGGCGACCUCAACUACCGGAUCGCCAUGGACGACGCCGAGGCGCGGCAGCUGGUGAAGGUCAAGAAGUGGAGCAUGCUGCUGGAGAACGACGAACUGCUGCUCGAGCUCUCAAAGGGCCGCCAAUUCGACGGCUGGCACGAGGGUCUCGUCACCUUCGCCCCGACCUACAAGUACCAACCCAACUCUGACCGGUUCUACUGGUGCGCCGAUGGCGCCGCCACCGGCCGCAAGAACCAGCCCCGCGCUCCGGCAUGGUGCGACCGUAUCCUUUGGCGCGGGAAGGGGAUGAGGCAGAUUCGGUACGAGCGUUGCGGCGGCUACCGACUCUCCGAUCACCGGCCGGUGAGGGCGGUGUUCCACGCCGUGUGCGACGUUGCGGGAGCUGUAGGUUGUUGAGCAGCUUCGGUGCUCUGAAAUAAUCAACCGACGAGACAAUGUAUAAAUUCAAGGGAGUGUUUAUAACACAGAAAUUUCAUAGGAUUUCUGCAAGUGUUCACAGAAAACGGUUCAAUUCCUGAUGCUGCUUCCAAAAUGGGGCCUGAAUGCUUUACUCGAGGAUGAAAGACGCUUGUUUUCGCCUUUUUCAUAUCCGCGGGUGAUAAUUCCUGUACAUUUUCUGUUUUUACUCUGCUGUAGAUAUGGUAUUCAAGGAUCAUUGUCCAAUUAAUUAGCAGGAUCAUUGUCCAACUGAUUCACAAUCCAAUGGAAUACAAAUUUGUAUUGGGCACUUCGAUGAAAA